CUCUAGGGUUUCGAGGCGACCAACCACGUUCCUUAUACAAUACAAUAGCCUCCCCCCUCCCUACCGCCGCCGCCACUCCAUUCUCACUGCAAGCGAAGAGGCGAUCAGGCGAGCGGAGUCCUUCUCAGCUUCCCGUGCGCCGCCUUCCACGCUCCCCUAGCUCGAAUCAGCCGCACCCUCCCUUCCCACCCGUUGUUCGUCGAGCGACGGGCGCUUCGCCGGCGGCGAACAUCCGACAGGGAUGUGUUCUGGAGAUGAGAUCGAUGGAGAUGCUAGUGUUGGACAGAAGGGUUUCAAGGAUAUAAGGUGCUACAAGUGUGAGUUUUGCACUAUUGUCAGGUCAAAGAAAUGCCUGAUCCAAGCUCACAUGGUUGCACAUCAUAAGGAUGAACUGGAAAAAUCAGAAACUUACAACUCAAAUGGGGAAAAGAUUGUUUGUGAGGAGGAACAUAGGUGCCUAGAGUGCGGAGCUUGUUUCCAGAAACCGGCUCAUCUGAAGCAGCACAUGCAAAGUCACUCAAAUGAGAGACUUUUCAUUUGCCCACUCGAAGACUGCCCCUUCAGCUAUAAAAGGAAAGAUCACUUGAAUAGACACAUGCUUAAGCAUCAGGGCAAGUUGUUCGGUUGCACUGUGGACGGUUGUGAUAGGAGAUUCAGUAUCAAGGCAAAUAUGCAACGGCAUGUUAAGGAAUUCCAUGAGGAUGAAAAUGUCACUAAGAGCAACCAGCAGUUUAUUUGCAAAGAGGAGGGCUGUAACAAGGCUUUCAAGUAUCUCUCAAAGUUGAAGAAACAUGAGGAGUCACAUGUCAAAUUGAACUAUACUGAGGUAGUGUGCUGUGAACCGGGCUGCAUGAAGAUGUUCACAAAUGUUGAAUCCCUGAGGGCUCAUAACCAAUCUUGCCAUCAGCAUGUUCAGUGUGAGAUAUGUGGGAAAAAGCACCUGAAGAAGAACAUCAAGCGGCACCUACAAGCCCAUGACGAGUUAGCCUCCGGUGAAAGGAUCAAAUGCACCUUUGAUGGUUGUGACCACUCCUUUUCCAGUAAAUCAAAUCUGACUAAGCAUAUGAAAGCAUGCCAUGACCAACUGAAACCUUUCACAUGCCGAGUUGCUGGGUGCGGCAAGGCGUUCACCUACAAGCACGUCAGGGACAACCAUGAGAAAUCCAGCGCACACGUAUACGUUGAGGGAGACUUUGUGGAGACGGACGAGCAGCUGCGCUUGCGGCCGAGAGGUGGACGGAAGAGGAAAGCACUGUCGGUGGAGACAUUGACACGCAAGAGGGUGACGAUUCUUGGCGAGGCAUCAUCAUUGGAAGAUGGGGCAGAGUAUCUAAGCUGGUUGCUAUCGGGUGGUGAUGAUUCAGCUCAGUAGCCCCGCGGCGUCUUUUGCUAUGUUGGGAAGGUGUCACACUGUUCUGUACAUGGGUAUAUUUUAGGGCAUGUAAAGUUUGGUGGUGCGUGUACUGCAGCUGAUCUAAUAUUAGUAGUUUAGUACAGGAGCGCUCGAGUUUUAUAGGGAACUUGUUAUCUCCGUUGUAUUUUGUGGCAGUAGUGUAUUUUGACCAUUGCUUUUUUAAAUGGAAAGUCUGAUCUGAGCUAUGUUUGUUGGAA